AUGGAGCCAUUUUCUUUCGCUAGCUCCGACUCGUUGGAUUAUCCCGUGAGCAUCCGCAUCAUCAAUCUCGAGGGAGCCGAGACGCCGCUCCAAUUCUCUAGUCUCCUUGAACACCCAGAACUCCGACAUAUCGGAUCAAACCAAAGCCCCCACUCAGACCUCUACGUUACGGUCCAGGUGUGGGCCGGUUCCAAACCCCUGACUGUCCCCGUUCAGACAUCGUACAAGUCUUUCCGGACUGAGAGGCGAUGGAACGAGUGGCUCACACUCCCCGUUUCGUACUCGACCCUGCCCCAGAACUCACGCCUCGCCGUAACCAUCUGGGAUUUAUCUCCCACAGGAGGUCAGGGUGCGCAGGGACACGCCAUCCCGUUUGGCGGGACGACCCUCCCGCUGUUCGAUAAGGACAACCAGCUUCACAAGGGUCGCCAAAAGUGUCUCGUCUACAGGCACAGACAAGCCGACGGCAACGAUGACUCCAAAACACCUGCCGUUCUUCCUAAGAAGAAGGCCAGGAAAGGCGUGUCUGAUGACAAAGAGGUCGACGAGUUGAAUCGAAUGGAAAAGUUGUUUAAGAAGCAUGAGAUGGGAGAGAUUCCCCGCGUCGACUGGCUGGACCAACUCGUCUUCAGAGGCUUUGAGAAGCGCGGCCUGCAAGCGGCGAGAUCAUCCGCAGGGGCAAAUCAACAACCAAAGACGGCACAAAUAGAGGCCUUGGAGGGAGACGCCGAUUCCCAACCUGAACCGUCCAGCUUUGUUCUGAGUGUCGAACUUCCAAGGUUCGAUUUCCCCGUCGUCUUUGCCGACCACGAGUACCCGGCCCCACCUGUCUCGUCCUAUCUGCAUCCUUCAUCCUCCCAGUCGAACAUCGUCCUCAAACCGCCACCCGAGGUACAACUAGGCCCGGGCAUCGACGCCGUCGACGAUGACGAGGGCUAUGGCGGCCGCUUGAUCCGGGUGUAUGAUCCGGAGGUCGCAGCCAAAGAUAACCCGGCAGAAAGCAAGCACAGGAGGCUUGUUCGAGGCCAGCACCGCAACGGCAUUCUGGACAAGGAUCUAAAGCCAAACGCCAAGGUCCGGGACGAGCUGAACUUGAUAAUGGCAUAUUCACCGACUCACACGCUGUCGCCCGAGGAGAAGGAUCUCAUCUGGAAGUUCCGCCACCACCUGACCCGCAAUAAGAAAGCGAUCACCAAGUUCGCCAAGUCGGUCAACUGGCACGACCAGUCGGAGUCGAGACAGGCCGCUCAGAUUCUAGGAAAGUGGACGGAUAUUGAUGUCGAUGACGCCCUCGAGCUACUUGGACCCACCUUUGACAAUUCGGCCGUGAGAGCCUUUGCCGUUGACCGCCUGCGCAAGGCCGAUGACCAAGAGCUUCAGUUGUAUCUAUUACAGCUAGUACAAGCACUAAAGUAUGAGCACAUCUCUCCACAGCCCGGUCACGAAGUAGCCCAGGACUCGUCGUUGGCCCUCUUCCUCAUCUCGAGGGCCACCAACAGCUUUACCCUUGGCAACUACUUUUGGUGGUAUGUCAUGGUCGAGUGCGACGACAAAUCGCAGGACCAAGGGGCGGACAACCAAGCCAUCUACGGCAAGGUUGCCUACGACUUCAUGGCCGAGCUUGUCAAACAACCAGACGGGGAGGAAACGCGGGCGACACUGAAGAGGCAAGCGGAGUGGAUUGCCAUCCUCUCCAAGAUAUCCGGUGAAAUAAAGGAGUCUAAUGAAUCCAUCGCCAAGAGGACGGAGCGGGUGAAGCACUUCCUAGCCGACCCCAAGAACGAGCUUGUCCAUAUCGCCCCGCCGCUCCCGCUGCCUCUCGACCCAUCGGUGGAAAUCAUCGGCGUCGUCCCGGAGGACACUGUGGUCUUCAAGUCUUCUCUGCACCCGAUCAAAGUUUCUUUCAAGACCACCUCUGGUCGCAAGUACCCCAUUCUCUUCAAAACGGGUGACGACCUCCGCCAGGAUCAGCUGGUAAUUCAGAUCAUUACCCUGAUGGAUGAUCUCCUCCAAAAGGAAAACCUCGACCUCAAGCUGUCGCCGUACAAGAUUCUUGCCACCAGCACAAGCGCAGGCUUGUCACAGUUUGUCCACUCAAUGUCAUUCCAGGGAAUCACCUCCAAGUACCGCAACAAUCCCGCGCUCGCCUUUCUCAAGCAAAACAACCCCGACAGCCACGGCCCCAUGGGCCUGCGGAAGGAAACCCUGGACACGUUUGUCAAAUCCUGCGCGGGAUACUGCGUCAUCACCUACAUCCUCGGCGUCGGUGACAGACAUCUUGACAACCUUCUCCUGGCUCCUGACGGCCAUUUCUUCCACGCCGACUUUGGCUACAUCCUGGGCCGCGACCCGAAACCGUUCGCACCGGCCAUGAAGCUGUCCAAGGAGAUGGUGGACUGCAUGGGCGGCUCCAACUCGGAGCAUUACCGCCAGUUCAGACAGUACUGCUUCCUGGCGUACAGCGCCCUGCGCAAGAACUGCAACCUGUUGCUUAAUUUGUUCACUCUGAUGGCGAAUGCCAACAUCCCGGACAUCAAGUUCGAGCCGGACAAGGCGGCCCUCAAGGUUAAGGAGCGCUUCCACUUGGAGAUGGAUGAGGAGGAUGCCAUUCGGCACCUAGAGAGGAUUAUGGAUGACAACCUCAACGCGCUGGUGCCGGUCGUUAUUGACAAGCUGCACGAGCUGGUACAGGCAUUCCGGGCUUGA